AUGGCAGCAACUAAUCCUACUGAACAAGAAUUGGCUGCUACACGUAAAGUUAACCAAAGCGUAGUCCUUGAACCUAGAGGAGACGAAAAAAUUCUACCUAUUAAAGGGGAGAGAAACAUUCUCAUUACCAGUGCACUUCCUUAUGUAAAUAAUAUCCCGCAUUUAGGAAAUAUUAUCGGAAGUGUGUUGAGUGCUGAUGUUUUUGCGAGAUACUCUCGCGCUCGUCGAUACAAUACGCUUUAUAUAUGUGGCACAGAUGAAUAUGGGACCGCUACAGAGACAAAAGCAAUCGAAGAGGGAAUAUCCUGUCAAGAGCUCUGUGACAAGUAUUACGCGCAUCAUACUGAAGUAUAUGAAUGGUUUGGUAUUGGAUUCGAUUAUUUUGGUAGAACUACUACUAACCAACAAACUCGGAUUGCUCAAGAUAUCUUUUUAAGGCUUAAUGAAAAUGGUUAUCUUGUAGAGGAUACUAUGAUUCAAUUAUAUUGUGAACAACAUGAACGGUUUCUUGCGGAUCGUUUUGUUGAAGGAACUUGUCCGAAAUGCGGUUAUCCAGAUGCACGUGGGGAUCAAUGUGAUUCUUGCGGACAACUAUUGAAUGCAAUUGAAUUAGUGAACCCGCGAUGCAAAUUAGAUGGUAGUUCACCAAUCACCAAAGAAUCCAAACACAUGUUUUUAGAUUUAUCAAAACUACAAGGAGUUACUGAAACAUGGGUACAAAAAACCAGCGUGGAAGGAAAAUGGACGGCGAAUGGUAUCAGUAUUACACAGUCUUGGUUGAAAGAAGGGUUGAAGCCGCGUUGUAUUACACGUGAUUUGAAGUGGGGCACCCCUGUCCCAUUGGAAGAAAUGAAAGAUAAAGUUUUCUAUGUUUGGUUUGAUGCUCCUAUCGGAUAUCUCUCAAUAACAGCAAACUAUACAGAAAAUUGGGAAGCAUGGUGGAAAAAUCAAGAAGACGUGAAGUUAUAUCAAUUUAUGGGAAAAGAUAAUGUUCCUUUUCAUACUGUCAUCUUUCCAAGUUCAUUAAUUGGAACAAAUGAAAAGUGGACGUUACUUCAUCACAUCAAUACAACUGAAUAUUUAAAUUAUGAAAAUGACAAAUUUUCGAAAUCACGUAAUAUCGGCGUAUUUGGCAAUAAUGCCAAAGAGACCGAAAUUCCUGUAGCCGUUUGGCGUUACUACUUGAUUUCCAGUCGUCCAGAGACCAACGACUCCAUGUUCACAUGGAAAGAAUUCAUUGCGAAAAAUAACAAUGAAUUACUCGCUAAUCUGGGAAACUUUGUAAAUCGCAUAAUAAAAUUCACCGUAGCAAAAUACAACAGCAAAGUGCCAACAUACUCUACACACGAUAUUCACGAACAAACGUUAAUCGAGGCGGUAAACACCCAACUCGCAUUAUACAUCCAAACCCUUGAGAAUGUAAAACUUCGUGCAGGGCUCGAUAUUGCCAUGGAAAUAUCACGAAUUGGGAACCAUUAUUUGCAAGAAUCUAAACUGGAUAACGCGCUUUUUGCGAAUAAUCCUGAGAAAUGUGGUACUGUGAUUGGUGUCGCGUUAAAUUUAAUCUACUUGCUUUCCGCUAUUUUUUCUCCCUAUAUGCCCUCGACUAGUGUUUCUAUCUUGAGGCAACUGAAUGCACCGCCGAGAAACAUUCCAGAUAAAUGGACUAUGGAUAUUUAUGCGGAGCAUCAAAUUGGGAAGCCAGAAUAUUUGUUCAAACGAAUUGAAGAUAAAAAGGCAGAAGAAUUUCGUAUAAAGUUUGGCGGCGGAGUAACAACAUCCGGUGCUGCCUCUACUAAGAAAGGAGGAGGCAAGAAAAAAAGUAAAGCAACCAACGCACCCUCAAAUAAUUCCUCAUCCACUGCCGUUUCAACAACAGCAGCAACAAUAGAUGCAAUAGAAAAAUUGAAUUAA